CGUUACGUAAUUACGUCAUGUUCUAAUAUGAUCAAACGAAGCUACGUCGUUACGAAGAAUCAUAAUUAUUUUUUUUUUUAAAUUAUUAAAAACAUAAUCGUUGCAUAAAAACCGAGCUUAUGCCAAAACAGAUGAAAAUUCACAAUUUUACAAAAAACGACUUCUUAAUGUAUUAAUAUUUCAGUGUAUCGUUGUCAUAAUGAUGACGUUUUUGUCCUAAUCUUGACUUUUUAUGUUAGAAUUAUGACAUUUGUGUUUGUUAGGUUUCGGCUUUCUUAAGUUUUACUUUUCUAAUAAAGUUACUGAAAUAAAUUUUCGUUCUGCCACGAGCAGCAGAAAGACAGCACAAGGUAGGCGCGCUUCCGCGCAAGAAUAUAAAUAGAUUGGACUUUGUACUUUCUUAUUCCUUGAAAAUUAUUUUAAAACAACGUGUGACAAUGAGGAAGCAGAUUUGUGAAAUAUAAAACGUCUGGAAAAGUACGUUUACAAUAUUCACAUCGGCUUUUACAGGUUCAGAAUCCACCAGAACUUUUCUUGGCAUAAAUGUCUCCAACUUCAGUGCACCACUUUAGACAUCAGUGUUUAUUACAGCGAUGGGUAACAGCAGUGCAGGGAUAUUUGACUCUACAAUCUACAAUCUGCACAAAUCCACCAAUGAUUCAAAACCCCAGAAGAAAAUACCAUGCCAAAGCAAAAGAGAUGUCUCUAACACAAAUAAACCAUGUUUUGAAGGCUAAUGAAUAUAGUUUAAAAUCAAAUGGCUAUGAUGGACGGUAUAACGGGUCAGUAAAAGGGUUUGAUAGUAAUAUCCUACCAUCAAACUCCCCAUGUGAAGACAGACGGAGUGCUGCAACGUGUCUACAGAGCCGAAGCAUGCUGUUUGGAGUGUUUGAUGGCCAUGCAGGUUCUGCUUGUGUACAAGCAGUUAGUGAACGCCUCUUUUACUACAUAGCCAUGUCUCUAUUUCCACUGAAGACUUUAACUGAGAUAGAGGAGGCUGUGGAAAGUGAACGGCCUGUACUUCCGGUGCUACAAUGGCACAAGCACCCCAACGACUAUGUUAGCACAGAUGCUGGCAAACUAUACUUCAAUAGCCUGAGGGCAUACUGGCAGGAGAUGAUAGAACUGCAUGAGGAUGAUGACAGUGAUGUACAAACAGCUUUAAGAAACGCUUUCAAGAGACUGGAUAAUGAUAUUUCCUUGGAGGCCCAGGUGGACUUUGGGGUUCCUUUUGCUCAUUUCACACCUCUCAGAGUGGCUCUGUCUGGAUGCACAGCUUGUGUGGCUCACGUGGACCGAGAAGAUCUUCAUGUGGCCAAUCUGGGUGACAGCAGAGCAGUGCUCGGGGUACAAGGGGAUGAUGGGAGGUGGUCAGCUGUCACUGUUACCAAUGACCACAAUGCUCACAACCAAGACGAGAUGCAACGGGUUCUUUCAGAGCAUUCUUCUUCUGAGCGGAAGACAGUGGUGAGACAUGGCAGGUUAUUGGUCCUGUUGAUUCCUUUCAGGGCUUUUGGAGACAUUAAGUUUAAGUGGAGCGGUGAGCUUUUGAACCGCAUCUACGAGGCACGUCCAGAGCUGCUGAUCGGGAACGAAAAUGCAAAAAUGCUGCUACCGAACUACCACACACCACCUUACCUCAUAGCAGAUCCAGAAAUUACAUAUCACAAAUUGCGACCACAGGACAAAUUCUUGAUUCUAGCUACUGAUGGUCUCUGGGAACUGAUGCACAGGCAGACUGUGGUGCAGGUCUUGGGGGAACAUCUGUCUGACAUGCAGUGGAAGAAGCCAGUUUCUGGACUGUGUUUUACAGUGGGACAGAUUCAUAGACUGCUGCAAGAGAGGAAGAGUAGAGCUUUUUCUGCUCUGGAGGAUGAGAACAGUGCUACUCAUCUGAUCCGUCACGCUCUGGGUAGCGAUGGCAGCGGCUCCGUUGAACCCAAGCGCUUAUCAAAAAUGCUCAGUCUGCCACAGGAUUUGGCAAGGAUGUACAGAGAUGACAUAACAAUUAUAGUCAUCCACUUUAAUAGUUAACCUACUUCACACUUUACUUUUUUAAAUAAUUUAAUUUAAUAAUAAUUUGCUUUUAAAUUUUACACAUUAAAUAAUGAUUGUUAAUAUGUAAGGGCUGCCUGGAACGUAUCCUGUCAGGUAAUAUGAAAAAUAGAGACAUUUAUUAAAGAAGAUACAAAAUACAAAAAAACUUUGUACAUGGGAUAAUGACGACUCAAUCCCCUUCAAAGGUGAUUUCAGUUUUGAGAAAAACAAGUCACAAGGCACCAAAUCUGGGCUUCAGGGGAGGGGUGUUGGGUAAUUUGAUGUUUUGCCAAAAAAACUUUGUACAAGAUGUGACACAUGGGCAGGUGCAUUGUCGUCACCAGUUGCCCAUAGCUGCAGUCUUUAUCAUCCUAUUGCAACUCUCAUUUCAUAUUAUUCAUAAUAUAUGGCUGGAUACUUUCUGGACACCCCUUUUUUCAGUUAAAUUUAUACUCAUUAACAUUAACCAACAAAUAUAGCAGCAAACAGCAAA